AAGACCCCGCCGGUGUGCCUUGGGAAGAUGGGGAACUCCUACGCCGGGCAGCUGAAGGCCACGCGGUUCGAGGAGGUGCUGCACAACUCCAUCGAGGCCUCGCUGCGCUCCAACAGCCUGGUGCCGCGGCCCGUCUUCUCCCAGCUCUACCUGGAGGCCGAGCAGCAGCUCGCCGCCCUCGAAGGCAGUAGCCGUGUCGACAAUGAGGAAGAGGAAGACGAGGCGGAAGGGGGGCUGGAGCCCAGCUGUCCCCCAAACCCCUACCAGAUGCACCCUCCGCCGGAAGGAUGCUGCACCAUGGACGGCUUCUGCCAGGCGGGGAAGGACCUGCGCCUCGUCUCCAUCUCCACCGAGCCCAUCGACGUCCCCGCGGGCUUCCUGCUGGUGGGGGCCAAGGCCCCCGGCCUGCCGGACCACCUGCUGGUGUGCGCCGUGGACCAGCGCUUCUUGCCGGACGACAGCGGGCACAACGCCCUUCUCGGGUUCUCUGGGAACUGUGUUGGCUGCGGGAAGAAGGGCUUCUGCUACUUCACGGAGUUCUCCAAUCACAUCAACCUCAAGCUGACCACUCAGCCCAAGAAGCAGAAGCACCUGAAGUAUUACCUGGUCCGCAACGCCCAGGGGGCUCUUACCAAAGGGCCUCUCAUUUGCUGGAAAGGCUCAGAGUUCAGAGGCCGGCAGACCACCGCCGGCCCGGGCUCCAGUUCCCUCUUCCCGCUGCUGGACAGCUCCGGGCCCCUGGCCGCCUUCUCCGGGGAGCCCGCUCCCGGAACGAACCUCAGCGUCCCCCCGGGGGCACAGCCUGCAGGACCGGCCUCUGGUCACCCCCCUGUCACCGCAGCCCCGGGCCCAGCUGUCUUCAACGGCCAGGACUCCCCGAAGCACCAGCAGCUGGCGAAGAGCAAGCUGCCGGCGGGGACGCGGCCCUCGGCGCUAGGUGUCUUGUCCAACUCCGGGCCCCCCAAAAAGCGCCACAAAGGGUGGUCUCCAGAGUCUCCAUCAGCUACAGACGGUGGCUACCCCCAGGGUGGUGGGAACAGAGCUAAGUAUGAGGGUGCGGGCAUGUCCUGCCUGCCCCAGGCUGGCUGGGCGGGGCCAGCUGCAGUCACCUUUCCCGUGGUGGCCUCCGGAGAGCCAGUGUCGGUCCCCGACAACUUGCUGAAGAUAUGCAAAGCCAAGCCAGUGAUAUUUAAAGGCCACGGGAACUUCCCUUACCUGUGCGGGAACCUGAACGACGUGGUGGUGAGCCCGCUCCUGCACACCUGCUACCAGAGCUCCCAGUCCCUGGCCCGGGCGCACGAGCAGUACGGGGCCACCGCCCUGCAGCCCAUCUCGGAGGAGACGCAGCUGCUGCUCACCGUCUACUACCUGGUGCAGCUGGCGGCCGACCAGGUGCCCCUGAUGGAGGACCUGGAGCAGAUCUUCCUGCGCUCCUGGCGCGAGUCGCACCUGACGGAGAUCCGGCAGUACCAGCAGGCGGUGCCGCCGCAGCCCUUCCCGCCCGCGCCCAGCGCCGUGGCGCCCGUCACCUCCGCGCAGCUGCCCUGGCUGGCGGGCCUGGCCGCCAGCUCCUGCAACGACAGCGUGCACGUGAUUGAGUGCGCCUACUCCCUGGCCGAGGGGCUCUCCGAGAUGUUCCGGCUGCUGGUCGAGGGCAAGCUGGCCAAGACCAACUACGUGGUGAUCAUCUGCGCCUGCCGGAACGCCGCCAUCGACUCCUGCAUCGCCGUCACCGGGAAAUACCAAGCCCGCAUUCUCUCCGAGAGCCUCCUCAGCCCCGCGGAGUACCAGAAGGAAGUCAGCUACGAGCUGGUCACGGGCAAAGUGGACUCCUUGGGAGCCUUCUUCAGCACCCUCUGUCCAGAGGGCGACAUUGACAUGUUGCUGGACAGAUUCCAUCAGGAAAGUCAAGGCCACAUUUCUUCCUCACUCGCUGCCGCCUCUGGCACCAAAUCAGCGUCCCCGGAUGUCGGCGGGGUGCCGGCGUGCACGAGUUACAGCCCGGAGCCGCCCCGCGUCCGGCCCUUCCAGCUGGCCGUGGCCCAGAAGCUGCUGUCCCACGUGUGCUCCAUCGCGGACUCCAGCACCCAGAACCUGGACCUGGGGUCCUUCGAGAAGGUGGACUUCCUGAUCUGCAUCCCGCCCUCGGAAGUGACCUACCAGCAGACGCUGCUGCACGUCUGGCAUUCGGGGGUUUUGCUGGAGCUCGGCUUGGAAAAGGAGCGCGUGAGCAAGCAGCGGGUGGAGCAGCACGUGCUGAAGCUCGAUGCCGAGGCGCAGACCAGGUUCAAGUCCUUCCUGCAGAGCGCCUUCCAGAACCCGCACACGCUCUUCGUCCUGGUCCACGACCACGCCCACUGGGACCUCGUGAGCAGCGCUGUGCACAACCUCUACCCCCAGAGCGACCCGUCGGCCGGAUGGGUGGACAGGCUGCUCAACUGCAGGGAGGUCAAGGAGGCCCCCAACAUCGUGACCCUACACGUGACCUCCUUCCCCUACGCGCUGCAGACCCAGCACACCCUCAUCAGCCCCUACAACGAGAUCCACUGGCCGGCCUCCCACAGCGACGGCGCGGACUUGUAUCCCGAGAGCAAGAAGUACUUCGGGCUGUCGGAGUUCAUCGAAUCGACCCUUUCGGGGCACAGCCUCCCCUUGCUGAGAUACGACAGCUCCUUCGAGGCCAUGGUCACUGCGCUGGGGAAAAGGUUCCCGCGCCUGCACAGCGCCGUCAUCCGGACCUUCGUCCUGGUGCAGCACUACGCGGCCGCCAUGAUGGCGGUGAGCGGCCUCUCGCACAUGAAGAGCUACACCUCGGUGGAGACGCUGGAGAUCACCCAGAACCUCCUCAACGCGCCCAAGCAGUGCCCCUGCGGCCACGGGCUCAUGGUCCUGCUGCGGGUGCCCUGCCCGCCGCUGGCGGCCCUGGCCUACGAGCGCCUGGCCCACGUGCGGGCGCGGCUGGCGCUGGAGCGGCACUUUGAGAUCAUCCUGGGCAGCCCCGGCUCCGGCCUCACCGUCGGGAAGCACUUCGUGAAGCAGCUCAAGAUGUGGCAGAAAAUCGAAGAUGCGGAGUGGAGACCUCAGACUUACCUGGAGCUGGAGGGCCUGCCUUGCAUCCUAAUCUUCAGUGGGAUGGACCCGCACGGGGAAUCCCUACCCAGGUCUCUGCGGUACUGCGACCUGCGUCUGAUCAACUCGUCCUGCUUGGUGAGGACGGCGCUGGAGCAGGAGCUGGGCCUGGCCGCGUACUUUGUGAGCAGUGAGGGGCCCCCGGAGAAGGGGCCCCGGAGCGAGGGCGUGGAGAGUGACGCGGAGAAGCUGAGCAGCACGGACAACGAGGAGGAGGAGCAGCUGGUGACGGAAGGCUGCCCCUCGGAGAAGAGGAGCCCCGUGAAGAGGGGGCGGUCCCGCUCCCACGACUCAGCGUCCUCCGGCCUCUCCUCGAAGGCGUCUGGCUCAGCACGCGGUGGCGAGACCUCGGCUCAGCCGGGGGGGCCCUGGAAGGGGGAGCAGACCCGGUCCCCACAGCCCUGUGGCCCUUCAGAGGAGGGCAGGGGCCCCGGUGACAAGCAGAGGCUCCGAGGCGGUCAGGGGUCCCUGUCGGGUGUGAGCAGGCACAGCCCAGGGCCGGCUCCCCAGCAGCCUGACUCCGGCCUCAAGACCAGCCAGAGGGGCGUCCAGGUGCAGGUCGCCUCGUCGUCCCAGCUCUCCUCCUCGUCCGCCACGCCUGCCACUGGCACCCAGGCCCCCCGGUGCUCCCUGGCCAAGGCCUGCCGGCAGCCGCCCGUCGUCUUCCUGCCCAAGCUGGUGUACGACAUGGUCACGGCCACGGACAGCGGCGGCCUGCCCAAGGCCGCCUCGCUGCUGCCCUCCCCCUCGGUCAUGUGGGCCAGCUCCUUCCGCCCGCUGCUCAGCAAGACCAUGACCUCCACGGAGCAGUCCCUGUACUACCGGCAGUGGACGGUGCCGCGGCCCAGCCACAUGGACUACGGCGGCCGUGCCGAGGGCCGCGUGGACGGCUUCCACCCUCGCCGGCUGCUGCUCAGCGGGCCCCCUCAGAUCGGGAAGACGGGCGCCUACCUGCAGUUCCUCGGCAUCCUGUCCAGGAUGCUCGUCCGGCUCACGGAGGUGGACGUGUACGACGAGGAAGAGAUCAACAUCCACCCCCAAGAGGAGCCCGAGUGGCACUACCUGCAGCUCAGCGACCCCUGGCCGGACCUGGAGCUCUUCAAGAAGCUGCCUUUCGACUACAUUGUUCACGACCCCAAGUACGAGGACGCCAGCCUCAUCUGUUCCCACCACCCGAGCGUGAAGAGCGAAGACAGGGGGGCCCCCCGGAGGCCGGAGGACCUCUACGUGCGGCGCCACACGGCGCGCAUGCGGCUGUCCAAGUACGCGGCCUACAACACCUACCACCACUGCGAGCAGUGCCACCAGUACAUGGGCUUCCACCCGCGCCACCAGCUCUAUGAGUCCACCCUGCACGCCUUUGCCUUCUCUUACUCCAUGCUAGGAGAGGAGGUCCAGCUGCACUUCAUCAUCCCCAAGUCCAAGGAGCACCACUUCGUCUUCAGCCAGCCCGGAGGCCAGCUGGAGAGCAUGCGGCUGCCCCUCGUCUCGGACCAGAGCCACGAACACAUAAAGAGCCCCACGUUCACCCCGACGACUGGCCGCCACGAGCACGGGCUCUUCAACCUGUACCACGCGAUGGACGGCGCCAGCCACCUGCACGUGCUGGUCGUCAAGGAGUACGAGAUGCCCGUGUACAAGAAGUACUGGCCCAACCACAUCAUGCUGGUGCUCCCCAGCGCCUUCAACAGCGCCGGCGUGGGCGCCGCCCACUUCCUGAUCAAGGAGCUGUCCUACCACAACCUGGAGCUGGAGCGGACCCGGCAGGAGGAGCUCGGCAUCAGGCCGCAGGACAUCUGGCCCUUCAUCGUGAUUUCCGACGACUCCUGCGUGAUGUGGAACGUGGUGGACGUUGAUGGCGGUGGGGAGAGGAGCAGAGAGUUCUCCUGGUCGGAGAGGAACGUCUCCUUGAAGUACAUCAUGCAGCACAUCGAGGCGGCCCCCGACAUCACGCACUACGCCCUGAUCGGCAUGCGGAAGUGGUCCAGCAAGGCCGGCAGCCGGGAGGUGCGCGAGCCCUUCUCCCGCUGCCACGUGCACGACUUCGUCGUUCUGAACGUGGACCUGACCCAGAACGUCCAGUACAACCAGAACCGGUUCCUGUGUGACGACGUGGACUUCAACCUGCGGGCGCACAGCGCCGGCCUGCUGCUCUGCCGCUUCAACCGCUUCAGCGUGAUGAAGAAGCAGAUCGCGGUGGGCGGGCACCGGGCCUUCCACAUCACCGCCAAGGCGCCGGACAGCUCCGCGGCCGUGAUGCCCGCGCAGUACGUGUGCGCCCCGGACAGCAAGCACGCGCUCCUGGCGGCGCCCGCGCAGCUGCUGCUGGAGAAGUUCCUGCAGCACCACAGCCGCCGCUUCUUCCCGCUGUCCCUCCAGAACCACGGCCACCCCGUGCUCUCGGUGGACUGCUACUUGAACCUGGGGCCGCAGAUUUCCGUGUGCUACGUGAGCUCCCGGCCCCACUCCUUGAACGUCAGCUGCUCCGACUUCAGGUUCAGCGGGCUCCUGCUCUACCUCUGUGACUCCUUCGUGGGCGCCAGCUUCUUGAAGAAGUUUCACUUCCUGAAAGGUGCGACCUUGUGCGUGAUCUGUCAGGACAGGAACUCGCUCCGCCAGACCGUGGUCCGCCUGGAGCUGGAGGACCAGUGGCAGUUCCGCCUGCGUGACGAGUUCCAGACCGCCAACGCCAAGGAGGACCGGCCGCUCUUCUUUCUGACGGGGCGGCACAUCUGAGGGGCAGGGACACGGACACCCCGGCAGGUUAUGGGGAAGAGUGGAGCCCUCGGAACCUCGUGCUGUUGGGGCUCAAGGAAGAAUUGGAAGCGUGGGGUGUUGGAACUGAAGCGGGCCCCAGAGCUGGUCCCGUGCAGGCCGGCAGACCGAGGCCCAGGGGUGAUGAAGACUCGCGGCAAGUGAGGAGGGUCUGUGGGUGGCUCGCACGACGUCAGACCCAGUGUCCCGGGUUCUGGGCCGGCCGCGCUGCCCGGGGCUGGGUCAGGGUCCAUUUCACCAAGAACAGAGUUUUGCCUACUGUCAUGCCAUCCAUGUGCUUCCACAGAUGAACUUGACUUUUCUUAGCUCCCAAUCUCGUGGAUUAUUUUAUGGAGGCCAGUGUUUCCAGCCGAUGGGGUACAGUGUGAGCUCUGUAGGGUUUCCUCUGGUGUACUACAAAGCAAUAUUCCAGAAGACCUUUUCAACUAUAAAGGCUGGAGACAAG